AUGGGUGUCACCAAAGAAAUUACCCGUCCAGGUCCUGCCGGCGCUCAAGUCCCCGCCAAAGGCGACACAAUCGUCAUCCACUACCACGGCACUCUCUCAGACGGCACCAAAUUCGAUUCCUCAGUCGAACGAGGAACUCCAUUCGAAACCCCAAUCGGUGUCGGCCGAGUCAUCAAGGGUUGGGACGAAGGUAUCUUGGGCAGCAAGGAAAGCGGUAUCGCCCCAAUGAGGGUCGGAGAGAAGGCAAAGUUGACGAUUACCCACGAUUUUGCCUACGGAGAGAGGGGGUUCCCACCAGUUAUUCCACCAAAGGCGACUUUGAUCUUCGAGGUUGAGUUGAUUGGAAUUAAGGGCAAGCAGGAGCUUUAA